AUGCCGUCCAUCUUCGAGACACGCCUGAAAGGAUAUCUGAAUAGAAAGGAGGAACGCGAUAUUAUGAUGAAUAACGAGGCAGAAGACCUCAGCUGGAAAGUAGUCCAACGCCUUGAUGAUCUGGAAAAUAUCAGAAGCUGGCUGGAGAAAGGAAAUGACGACGACGAUCAAAUUUCCAACGUUAAAGCCUUAAUUCAGGCCUAUACAGUUGGGGAUUUAGACUGGAAUACAGGCCUUGUGACCUACUGGUCAAAGGGAAAGCAACUUUGUCAGCCACGGCCGUUCAAAUGGGAAGAAUUUCUGGCCAUCAGUGCGAAGCACAAGGGACAUAUUGGAUUUUGGGUUGAAGGGGGUCCUAAAGUUGGACAGAUCCUUUUCAAGGAGAUCAAGCCCAGUACUGGAACGUCUAAUGGAUCAAAAGGUGACCAGAAAAGCCUACUUACUCCUUCAUCACCUGUUGCAGGAAAGAACGCAAGUCAUCUCAUUCCGCGCUGA